GUCGUUGACAGGUCGCUGGCUCGCUGCUUGCUUAGCACGGCUUGGCGCUCUGGUAAAGCCUGCAUGUGGUGUAAUCGAGUUAAUAUUUCUUAAUAAAUUUUGGUAAAAUAGUCAUUGAAUUGACCAUGAAAGUGUGACGUGUGUAAACGAUUGAAAUUAUAGUAUACACAACAUCGUGACCGGCCCCAAGGUUUUAUAAACGUUCGCUAAUCGAUCAUGUUAGUUUAAAUCGUCUUUAGUUUAAUUAGUUACGUGGUGGCACGAUGUCUGCUGUUAGCCUGCAGGAGCAAGCGGAAGCGGCGGAUCGAGCUCAGAUGCUCAAGAAGAUCCUGAGUGCAACUUUCUAUGCAUUAGCAUCAUUUAUGAUCACAGUGGUAAACAAGACAGUGUUGACGACCUAUGGAUUCCCCUCAUAUCAAGUUCUGGGCCUGGGACAGAUGGUGGCGACGAUCACGGUGUUAUUUUUCGGUCGAUUUCUCAAUGUAGUGCAAUUCCCGCCUCUUAAUGGUGGUACCUUUAAACGAAUCUGGCCUCUGCCAGUCAUCUACUUGGGAAACAUGGCAACCGGGCUGGGCGGCACCAAGGAGCUGAGCCUGCCGAUGUUCACGGCCCUUCGUCGCUUCAGUAUACUGAUGACAAUGCUAGCUGAGCGAUUCGUAUUGGGAGUACAUGCCUCUUGCUCAGUUCAAACCAGUGUGUAUGCCAUGGUGGGAGGAGCUUUGCUUGCAGCCGCCGACGAUGUCACAUUCUCAUGGUCUGGAUACACACUAGUACUGCUCAAUGAUGCUUUCACUGCUUCCAAUGGAGUGUAUAUGAAGAAGAAGUUGGAUGCCAAAGAUCUUGGUAAAUAUGGACUGAUGUAUUACAAUGCUUUGUUCAUGAUAGUACCCGCAGCAAUUAUUGCGUGGGCUACCGGAGACCUACACAAGUCAAGUGAGUACCCAAACUGGUCUGACUCACUAUUCCUUGCACAGUUCCUGAUGUCUUGUGUGAUGGGCUUCAUUCUGUCAUACAGUGUCAUGCUUUGCACUCAGUACAACAGUGCACUUACUACCACAAUCAUUGGGUGUCUGAAGAAUAUUCUAGUUACAUAUUUGGGGAUGGUAAUAGGGGGAGACUAUGUGUUUUCCUUGUUAAACUUUGUAGGGCUGAACAUCAGUGUGCUGGCUAGCUUGCUGUAUACCUAUGUCACAUUCAAGCGCAAGCCUUCUCCUUCUUACAUGCUUGUACCUACUCCUAAAGUGGACACCGUAUAGCAGUUCCGGAAAAGGAGGCCGACUCAGUGCUCUACAUAUUUAGUAUAGUAUUGAAGGUGGUACCAAAGAUGACUGAGUGUAACAGUGAGUAGUAUAUUGUGUAAAUAUGUUUAACUCACUUGUGACCAGUUGGGGUGAGCCCAGCAUUACUUUGAGAGUGUGAAUAGAUCUAGGGAUCAUUUUCAUUUGUUAAGGUUAACAAACCACCACAAACAGUGGUCAGUGAAUGUCCUCAUAUGUUGCUAGUUGAUGCGAUAGCCACAGUGCAGUCGCUUUUUAAUAUCAUGUUUAAUAUAGUUACAAACAAGUUUUUUAUUUUGUAUUGAUAUAUUUGCCAUUAUUGUAAAGAUGUAGUAUCUUCUAUGAUAUAGGAUUAUAUAUUUUGAAUUAUAGUAAAAGUAGUAAAUUAGCUGUAGAAUGUGUAAUGACUUAUUUAUUUGCAAAAACUAAUUUUUUUUUUGGGUAGCAAUAUUUUUGGCUAUGUAUAUAAAAUGUUUUACAUAGAAGUGUAACAAUUCGCCAAUAGCCUGUUACAGUUUACAGACCACUUGACAUUUAGAUUGUGUGUCUGUUAUGCAGGUAGAUAGCUCAUAGAGGUAAUAAUCAUAAGCAUACAAGAAUGAAACAAUACUAGUAGUAAAAUGAAGCUCAAAAGAUGGUUUAUUUAUAUUUUCAUGAUUAAACUGUCAAACACCAAGCGGUCACCGGACCGCAACCUAUUGUUCUAUAAU